AUGGUGGCUUCAAUCCUGAUUUCUCUUUUGGUUGGCGUGCUUCGCAUGAUGGCCAUCCUUCCCAACCUGGUGUGGACGCAGCUUCCGUGCUACGCGCUCUACUAUGUCGUGCUCGUCUUCUGGCAAGAGAUCCGGGCUGUUAUCGUUUCGCCUCGCCUGGUUUUCCUCGACCGGCUCUGCAUUCCACAGGACGAUGAGGAGAAGAAGUCCGAGUGUAUUCGGGGCCUUGCUUCCUAUCUGGACCGAUCGCAAACCCUGACAGUCUUAUGGUCGGAACGCUACUUCGGAAGACUUUGGUGUGUUUUUGAGCUGGCCACAUUUCUCCGGGACCGUUCCAAAAGGCGCAUUCAGGUGCUGCCUGUGGAGAUGUCCAUUCUGACACUGCUCAUUGGCCUCAGCUACUGCGCCUUCCACUUGGUUCAUCGGGUCUGGGAUGAAGCAAGCAACCUGAGCAGCAAAAGCGAGAAUGAGACCAGCCCCGGGAUUACAGUUUUGAAUGGAAUCGGCAUUCUCGCUGCAGUUGCCUGCCUGGUCGUUCCCUUUUACAAUUACCUCGGUCUUGAAUUCACUGCAAAGAUUCGCCGCCUCCCAGCACAGCUCCGUAUGUUUGAUGCGAGGGAAGCCAGAUGCUACUGCUGUUCUGUAGAUCACGUGGAUCCUGCGACGAAAGCUCCCAUACUCUGCGAUCGACAGCUGAUCUGGGAAAAGCUGUCGGGGUGGUAUGGAGACCCAGAAGACAGCAAGGAAGCGGAAGCCGGGAUCGACAGAGCGAUCGAACAGUUCAACCACCUUGUGCGCAAAGAGCUUGCUGACGUUUUCCUCGACAUGAUGUCGGGCGGCGAUGUUUUGUGGCAGUACAUCUACCUGUUGAUCGGAAUGAACGGCCCGGUCUGCGCUUUCACACUUGGAAGCCUGGGCUUCCCCCCAAGUUCCCUUGAAGGCUGGUCUUUGCAUGCCUGGAGAGCCAGAUACAUCAUCAGAUUCGCCCACGUGUUCUUGCAAAUUGCCGGGUCUGUGCAGAUGUUCGCGACUCUGUGGACCAUUGGUGCGUCUCCUUUCAGGGACUACCACCGCAUCACUGCUGCUGUCCUGCUGACCCCCAUCCCUAUCAUCGUGACUGUGUUGUUCUUCUUCCUGCCAUUCCGACUUUGCUGGGAACUUUCCGCAGACGACAGCCUACUCGUGCUUGCUCCUGUCAUCGUCGAAGUUCUUGCGAUUGUCGCCUUUAGCUACACCCGUCGACUGGUAACGGAACCGUUUACCCGAACGGCACUGGAAAGUGUGCAGCGGCUCCAUGUUUCCAAGCAAGCACGGGCUCCUCAGGCACAGGACAUGUCGACUUCCAGAGCGUUCAAUGACGAUUGCUUCAGCAUUUGA